AGUCGAAAAACCCACCAUGAAUACGGUGCUUUCUCGUUCUACUUCUUCUUCUUCUUCUUCUCAAGGCUCAAGGCUCAAGACUCUCUUUUAAGCUGCUCAUUAAAUCUAUCUCUACACAACAAACUUGGAUGUUUAACCACUUCAUCUUCUAUUGAAAAGCUUGGGGGUUCUCUAGCUCUCUCAAAUCCCCCCCUUCCGAGCUUAUUUCAAUUUCUCAAAAUUAGCCACAGCUUUCAAUUUCAAUUCCAGUUCCAGUUCCAAUUCCAAAGAUAAAGGAUAUGACCAGCAUUAUAACGAGCCACCAUUAUAAUUGCUCACCUGGAAUUCAGUGGAAUCUUAAUAAUGGAAGAUUUAAGAAGGUUUCUUUUGCUGGAUAUCCUUCCAGAUCAGGGCUGAGUUUUCUCCGUGGUCAACCCCUUGCUCCUUAUUACCAUCAAAGUAGUUGGAAAUGUAGUCCAAUUUUUUCUAGUACACUGGAUGGUCCUAUGGAUUCAGACGACUCAGAAGAUGAAACUAAUGCUAAAGAUUCUUCCGAAGGUGAAACAGAGGGGACAAACAGUGAGAGGCUUAGAGAGAAUCUUGAAAGGAUUGUUGGUAGAGAUGAUUCCAGCUUUAGUGGCAUAGACUUGGCAACUCUUAUUAGGAACAGGUACGGGAGAUCUUAUGAUGUUCAACUGAUAAAAAAGGAGUUCAUGGGAAGGAAUCUCCUUGCUCUCAAUGUCAUGUGGAAGUAUCGGGAGCAGAAAUCCUUUCCACUGACCGAAGAAGAGUAUCUAUUGAGACUCGACGAUGUGGCAAACACCUUGAAAUGCUGGGGAGCUGUGUCGCAUAUCCGAAACAGCCUAGCAAAUAUCAAGGAAAGACCUCGGAUAGGAAAGGCAGUGAGCAUAUUUAUAGAUAUGGACGAGUCUGGAGGCCGUGCAAAUGAAUGGAUCUACAAGUAGAUUGCUCGGGAGUCAAAAUUUGUCAGGAAUUUAGUAUUUCCCAGCUCAUGGUGAUUGGUGAGGAAGAAAACGAUUCUCAGAAAAACUAUAUUUUUCUGUCGUUCAAGGUUCAUGAUCCUAUUGAAGUCCAGAUAAAAUAUUUGUUAUAAUGUUUUUGUAGCAGUAGGGAAAAAAACAAAUACUACCAAGUUACAUGAAGUUGCAAAAUCAGAGACUGAGUGGACCAUGGUUGUAAUUUCCGUGAAGAUAUUAAGCAAAGCUAACAACAUUAAUUACAUGAAAGUCAAUGUAAAUGUAUUUUUUUUUUUAAGUAUAUUAUAUUUUCUUACCGACUCA